UCUCUCUAUAUCUGCCUUGGACUGCCCGAGUUCACUUUCCGAGCUACGGUGGAGCUGAGCUGCGACCCUUAUAACAGGCUUGUUGCUGCUUUUGGAGUUUGCUGUCGUGUCCUUUUAAACAUUAGCUGACCGCACUUUGGGGCAUCGUCGUUACCUGUGGGUGCACUUUUAAAAGCAAACUUUCCCCAUCAAAGAUGAUUCAUUGUGGCACCGUGAGGUCUUUCACUCGAUGCUUAGUUCGUAGAAAACUCAUAAGCCAAAAUAAUCUCGAAGAUACCAAACUAUGCCGCUGUUUGUCCACCAUAGACCUGAUAGCUCUGGGAGUUGGCAGCACUCUCGGAGCUGGUGUUUAUGUGCUAGCUGGUGAGGUCGCUAAAUGGGAUUCUGGACCCAGCAUUAUCAUCUCGUUCCUAAUUGCGGCACUGGCUUCAGUGAUGGCCGGUCUAUGCUAUGCAGAAUUUGGGGCCCGUGUUCCAAAGACUGGUUCUGCAUAUCUAUACAGUUACGUGACUGUUGGUGAGCUCUGGGCAUUUAUCACGGGCUGGAACUUAAUUCUUUCUUAUGUCAUUGGUACAUCAAGUGUUGCCAGGGCAUGGAGUGGUACCUUUGAUGAACUUGUUGGCAAACAGAUUGGAACUUUCUUUGGCACAUACUUCAGGAUGAAUUCACCAGGACUGGCAGAAUAUCCAGACUUUUUUGCAGUGUGUCUUAUAUUAUUAUUGUCAGGUCUCCUAUCAUUUGGUGUGAAGGAAUCUGCUUGGGUUACCAAAAUAUUUACAGCCAUCAACAUUUUGGUUCUUAUAUUUGUUAUUAUCACUGGGUUUGUGAAAGGAGAUACUGAGAACUGGAAGAUCAGUGAGGAAGCUCUCGUAAACUUCACAGUUGUUACAAACAAUCUGUCGUCUUCAGAGAAUGUUACCAGUAAUUAUGGGAUAGGUGGUUUCACACCAUAUGGAAUAGCUGGAACAUUGGCUGGUGCUGCUACCUGCUUCUAUGCAUUUGUUGGAUUUGACUGUAUUGCUACUACCGGUGAAGAGGUGAAAAAUCCUCAAAAGGCUAUUCCCAUAGGAAUUGUAACUUCACUUUUGGUUUGCUUCUUGGCAUACUUUGGAGUUUCAGCAGCUCUGACCCUCAUGAUGCCUUACUACCUACUGGAUACAAGAAGUCCACUACCUGUAGCUUUCGAAUAUGUUGGCUGGGGUCCUGCAAAAUACCUGGUGGCAGUGGGAUCUCUCUGUGCAUUAUCAACAAGUCUACUUGGUUCCAUUUUCCCCAUGCCCCGUGUAAUCUAUGCUAUGGCUGAAGAUGGGUUGCUUUUCAAAGUUUUAGCCCACAUCAAUUCUAAGACGAAGACGCCAUGUAUUGCUACAAUGUCAUCAGGUGUGGUUGCAGCUGUCAUGGCAUUCCUCUUUGAUCUUAAAGCCUUGGUGGAUAUGAUGUCUAUUGGGACCCUCCUGGCAUAUACUCUGGUAGCAGCAUGUGUACUCCUCCUCAGGUAUCAACCAGAUUCACUCUAUGCAAGACAAAAAUGCUCUUCGGAAAGACAGAACCUCACAGCUGAGGAGGACGGUGAAUUAGAUGAAAAUGAAUCCGAUUCCCAUAUGACCAUGUUCAAAAAUCAAGACUUCGCCUGUACAUCGCUGCUGAAUCCCUCUGCGAUCCCAACAGAACAAACAUCAAGUGUGGUGUAUGGUUGUGUUGGGUUUCUAGCUGUUAUCAUUUGUGCAUUAAGUGUGCUGGUUACUUAUGCCAAUGAAGCCAUUCUUUCUGCGGUGCCCUGGAGCACAGGGAUGCUUGCUGUACUGCUGAUCAUACUUGGUGUCUUUGUUUUCAUCAUCUACAAACAACCUCAGAGUCAGCUCAAAGUAACGUUCAUGGUUCCACUUCUACCAUUCCUACCUCUAAUCAGCAUCUUUGUCAAUAUCUACUUGAUGAUGCAGUUGAAUGGAGGCACUUGGAUUCGUUUUUCUAUUUGGAUGGCUGUUGGAUUUGCAAUCUAUUUUGGUUAUGGCAUCAGACAUAGUGUGGAAAGUCACCGUGACGAUGAAUCAGUGUACAGUGAAACUGAGCACACAAAGAACGUGGAAGGAAUGGACGACAAUGAAAUGGCGACUGAGCUUGACCAGUUUAUAAUACAUGAAAAGACAAGUGAAUGUCAGCUUUAAGCAGCAAUGAAAUGUGCCACUUUCCUACAUCAGACAUCUUUGUGUUAUCAGGAGCAAUGUAUUGACUUUGGUCUCAGAAUUUGAAAAAAAACUCUUAAUAGAUAAAUAGUACUAAUAACUGAGUGUUUUGCAGCAGAUCACCUGAAAUUACUGAAAGGGGAACUGAAUGUUUGUUGAUUAUCUACAGGUCAUGUGCAGUAACACCAAGAUUUUCUUUGUCCCAUCAAAACUAAAAUAUAUUUUCCCGAAACAAUCGGAUGUCUGCCCUGAUAAAAGAUUAUCUAGUAGGUGGCAGGUGACUGUAAAGGUUUUAAUUUCCAUUUUUCUGCAAAGCAGCAAAAGUGUGUGUUUUUUAAACUAGUCGGGCAGUGUAAUGCAACAUUUAUCACAGUCUUUGGAAGAUUUUCUGUAACUCCAAAUUAAAGUGUUCUGUGGAUGCUAUUUCAUUCAUUCAGAAGGUGACAAAUGAAAGCAUAAGAAAUGGGAGAAAGCGUAGGCCAUAUGGCCCUCUAGCUAGCUCGGCAGCAUUUAAUCACUACUUUACUGAGUGUUCUUACAUUCACAUUUUUAGAAACAAAAGGGGGGAGCAAAAAAUGUGCAUUUUCUCCAUAUACUAAACUCUGGAAACUUGGAAAAAUACCACCCUGAAGUAUUCUGAAACGUUAACUCCGUUAACACAUAUAUCUGCAAAUUUUAGAUUGCAGCCACUAGAUCUUAAAAAUCUAACAAAGGGCUUCAGAUCACACAGUUGCAAGUUUGUAUGAAAUGGUGAAACAACCACACAUGCUUCUAAAGUUCAAAAUCAUAUGUAGAAAGCAACUUGUGUGAAUUUACAAUGUAUUUAAUAUUCCUAAGUCCUUAUAAGAGAUGUUCCUAUCCAUUUUGGUGGUGCUAUAUUUUCAGUUCCUGAUUAUAAAUCACCUUCAUUUGACAAAAUCUGAAAAGAAAUCCAUGAACCUCCAAACUCUUGGAUCAUGUAAUAAUGAGCUGUGAUGCUCAAAAAUGAAUUCUAAAGUGGUUGCAGCACUAUGCCCAUGUCAGCUAUCUGUAAAAGCAACCCAACUAAUUCUGCUCCCAUGCUUUUUCCCCAUCGCCCUGCAAUUUUUUUUAAGAUACCUAGUUACCUUUUGGAAAACCAUGAAAAUGUCUGCCAUCAACACACUCAGAGAGUGCAUUCCAGGUCCUAACCAUUCAGUACAUAAAAAAGAUUUCCUUCACAUCAUUGUUAGUCCUUUUACCAUUCUUAAAUCAGCAGCUUCAGAUUUUCAAAGCAUCUGCUAAUUGAAAUAGAUAACGAAGUGUGGGGCUGGAUGAACUUUUUUUCUGAUGAAGGGUCUAGGCCCGAAACGUUGGCUUUUGUGCUCCUGAGAUGCUGCUUGGCCUGCUGUGUUCAUCCAGCUUCACACUUUGUUAUCUUGGAUUCUCCAGCAUCUGCAGUUCCCAUUAUCACUGCUAAUUGAAAUAGCUUCUGUGGCACUUCACAACUUUGAACAUGUCUUCAAAAUUUUAUUUCAAACCUUCUAUUCUGUAGAGAGAAUAACACCUGCUUUACAAAAUUAUUCACAUUAUUGGAGCUCUGCAUUGCAGGAACCAUUCUCAUAAAUUUUCUGCACCAUUUCUGAGUCCUUCACAUCAUUCUUAGAGCGUGAUGUCCAAUUCCAGACAUUAAAGCCCAGUUGAGUCUAAACCAGUGUUUUGUAAACCUUAACCAAAACUUCCUUGCUUUUAUUCUCUAUGGGUAAAACCUUCUCCUCCCAUAGGGGAUGAGCUUAAGUUGCAGAGGGUAAGUCGUUGUUUGACCUUCUCACCCUACCACCAGUUGAAACCCCUAAAAAGCAAUUAAGGACUGCUUAACAGCCUCAGCCCAGGUGUUUAUAUAUUUUCAGAUCAACCACUUAUAGUGUCAUGGAGUCAUUCAGCACGUAAAUGGAACCUUCGGCCUAACACACCCAUACCGAUUAGGUUUCCGAAACUGAACUAGUCCCACUUGCCUGCAUCUGGCCCAUAUUCCUCUAAACCUUUUCUAUCCAUGUACCUGUCUAAAUGUCUUUUAAAUGUUGUAAUUGUACUCACCUCCGGCACUUCCUAUGCCAGCUUGUUCCAUAUGUGCACCACCCUCUCUGUGAAAAAGUUGCCUGUCAGGGCACUUUUAAAUCUUUCCCCUCUCAUCUUAAACCUAUGCCGUCUAGUUUUGGACUCCCUACCCUGGGGAAAACACCUUGGCUAUUCACCUUAUCAAUGCCCCUCAUGAUUUUAUGAACCUCUAUAAAGUCAUUCCUCAGCCUCCUACACACCAGUGAAAAAAGGUCGCAGCCUAUCCAGUCUCUUCUUAUAAGUCAAACCCUCCAGUCUCAGUAACAUUCUUUUAAAUCUUUUACACACCCUUUCCAGAUUAAUAACAUUCUUCCCAUGGCAGUGUGACCGGAGUUGUAUGUGGUACUCCAAAUAUUCUGAGGAAGGCACACUUGACCCAAAAUGUUAACUCUGAUUUCACUCAACAGAUGCUGUCAGACCUGCUGUGCCUUUUCAGCAAUUUCAAUUUUUGUCACUGAAAUUAUGUCUCCUAGUUCUAAAAUCAGUAGCUAGGGGAAACAUCCUACUUGCAUUAACCCUAUCAUGCCCUGUAGAAACUUUGUAAAUUUCAGUAAGGUCAUUUCUCAUUCUUCAAAACUGUGGAGAAUACAGGCCAAUUUUACUCAAUGUCUCCUCAUAAACAUCCCAUUAUCCAAACGAUUAAUUUGGCAAACCUCUGUUUCGUUUCAAUCAUAGCAUAUUUUUAAAUAAGGAGACCAAAACUGGACAUAAUAUUUUGUGUUCUGGAUGAAGGGUCUAGGCCCGAAAUGUCAGCUUUUGUGCUCCUGAGAUGCUGCUUGGCCUGCUGUGUUCAUCCAGCUCCACACUUUGUUAUCUAUAAAUAUUUAGUGUGGUCUCACCAAGCAUCUAAACAACUGCAGCACUUGUACUCAAAUUCUUUUGUUAUUAACAUGCCAGCUUUCUUCCUUAUUAAUUGGUGCACCUAUAUUUUUAAAAUUCAUUCAGAGGAUAUGGGCAUCACUGGCUAGGCCAGCAUUGAUUUUCAUCCCUGAUCACCUGCAGGGCAGUUAAGUGUCAGUCACAUUGCAGUGGUUUUGGAGUCACAUGUGGGCCUGGCAAUGACAGAUUCCCUUCCCUAAAGGUCAUAUACAGACCAGAUGAGUUUUUGCAACAGACAACACUGGGUACAUUGUCACCAUUAAGCUAGCUCUUUAAAAUUCAAUUUUCACCACCUCUCACAGUGGGAUUUGAACUAAUGCCAGCAGGACGCUGGGGUUUUGGAUUGCCAAUGCAGUAACAUCACCACCAUACCACUCAAUCACUUUAGAGGCCAGCAGUUUCCAACUUUUUACUACUUAAGGAAUGUCUUUCUGCUUUUUUCUCUCAAUGUUCGCAACACCUCAUUUAUUCACAUUAUAUUUCACCUGCUAUGUUCUUGCCCAAGUCCUUUAGAAGUCUUUAUACACCAGCCAACUGCGUAAUCCUCACCAAUCCUUUCUGUCACUUCAUCAAAAGAUUAACUCAAUCAAGUUAAUUAAACACAGCCUCAAAUGAAGUAGUUUUGACAACUUUGGAGUAAGUAGUAGACAGGGAUAAUAUUGUAGGGACAGGAAAAUCUUUGCAAUAUGGUCUCUAUAAUCCCCCUACCUGACCCAAACUGUAGUUAAAGUGAUUCUUUUCUGUUACAAUUUUGUUUUAAUAUGUAUGAAUAUUCUAAAUCAUGGCAUAUAACCAAAGGGACGUUUUUUUCAUCAGUGGUAACAGUGGUACUAGAAAAUUGAUCAUUAUUGUAUUUUGCAAGUCAGCAGUCAACCAAAUGGUAAAUUUUUACAUCAAGCGGUCAGUAAAAAUGCAUGUAAUUUUCAUUUUGACGGCAGUGAUUGACUGUUUUUGCUGAUCAAUUAACUGUUAUAAACCCUGUGCUCAAUUUGCCUGAAAUGUUUAGUGGGCUGGGGUUGCCACCUCUUUACUGCCCACACUAAAAGCAAAAGUUACUCUCAAGAUAAAUCUUGUCAUUUCUUUAUCAAAGUGCUGUGCAUUCCAUAUAUAAUUGCCAAAUUAGUAGAAACUGCUCAUACUUGCUGCUUUUAUUUUCAAUUGUAGUUCUGUUGUGUAGAGUCUGGGAUUCCUUAACAUACUUUGGAUGAAGCUUCACAAUUUUAAUGCAUGUUGUGGGUAAGUUCCAACAUGCUAGGAAGUAGCUGAUGACCUUUAAGUGAAAAUGUUACUACUUGUUAAUUAUAAAUAAGAAGGCCACAACACUGUAUGUAUAGAGAACUACAUCUAAAAGAGUCUGCCAAUUCAAACGUUUGAAUGUCUUUUGCCUUUGCUAAUUUGAUUAUAUUACAUUGUCCUGAAAUGGAAUGAUAAUCAGUGAUACUGGCAAGUCUUGCAAUGGAUGAUAUUAUCAUAACAGGAUCUGCUGCUUGUAAUAAAUAAUGUUUUCACUGCUCGUUGUGCUGAAACACAAAAUAUAUAGGGAAGAAAGGAAUAAUUGUUCCUUUUUAUUUCUCAAGGUAAACUGGAUUUGUGCAUCUGAUAAAACUGUUGAAACCUUAAGAGACAGUUUGUAAAAAUGUAAUUCACUCACAAUGCUGCUUAAUCAUUACUUGUACAAUAGGGCAACAUUUUUAAGUGUAUUUUGAUGGAUUAAUUUUAACAGAACUAUUUCAAGAAGACAGCACGCAAAAUUAUUUUAUAUCAACUUUUAUUCGAUGAAAAAUCUUGAUGAGGCAAAUGUUUACCAAAGGAUACUUGAUAAUUAUAAUAUCUUUUGAGAAGAUGAGAAGAAAAAUUUACUGUAUGUAUGAAGACAUUGAUUUACUUUUAUUUAACUCUAAACUAAUUUUCCUGUAUGUGCUAGUGUUGAUACAUUCCUAUGAUUCCUGCAUAAUCAGUUCCUAGUCUCCAAAUGCCAUCAAGAAAAGCUGAAAAGAAGAACAAGCACUUUAACCAAAAGUGAGAAAAGUUUAAGGGAGAGAGAGAGGAUAAUAAAAUGUGAGGCUGGAUGAACACAGCAGGCUAAGCAGCAUCUCAGGAGCACAAAGCUGACGUUUCGGGCCUAGACCCUUCAUCAGAGAGGGGGAUGGGGUGAGGGUUCUGGAAUAAAUAGGGAGAGAAGGGGAGGCAGACCGAAGAUGGAGAGAAAAGAAGAUAGAUGGAGAGAGUAUAGGUGGGGAGGUAGGGAGGGGAUAGGUCAGUCCAGGGAAGAUGGUCAGGUCAAGGAGGUGGGAUGAGGUUAGUAGGUAGAUGGGGGUGCGGCUUGGGGUGGGAGGAAGAACAGGUUAGGGAGGCAGAGACAGGUUGGACUGGUUUUGGGAAGUUUAAGGGAGGUUUAUUUUGGAAUUUCAGUUAGUGCUUCUAGUUCAGAGAAUGGCAUUGGCACUAAGCAGGAAUGUUUGCCUGCUUGCCCAGAAAGUGAAACACAGUACGUAAUGCACGGGGAUAAGAACUAUGUUAGAUUAACAAAAGAUUAAAAGAAACAGAAAAAAAUACUCCUCAGAAAUCUGAAUGUCUGACAGUUUAUUGUCAAGGACCCUAGUAAUCCAUCGGUGAGUGUCAUCUGUCACAUUCCCAAUUGCAAUUCAAACCCAAGCAUGAACUAAAAAUAUUAUUUAGAAUUACUGCUGGUCAACCAAAAGUUUAACGGUGUAAAACUUUAUUCUUAGUAAUUACUGAAAUCAAGAAAGAUUCAGCCAAUUCUAGAAUGGAAAAGUAAGACUGGUGCUACAGUAAGCAGAUGAUCCAUUUCAACAGUUUACUGUGCAGAGAACUAUGUCAAAAAGAAGAUCAUGUAAAUAAUCAUAACACAAGGGCAGCUACUGAUGAAUUACCAAUGAUCAGGCAGAUACACUCUAGUCUAUUAAAACCCUAAAUGCAAAAAAUGUAUAAGAACAUCAAACAAUGAGAAUUAAGAAUGUCUUACCUAUUCGUUAUUCACAGACCUUGUACUUGUUAAAGACUACUCACCUGCUUAAUCCUUUUUGAGAAUGUUCUGUUAAUAAGUCCACAUACAUUCUCAAAGAAUAAGAAGGUUCUUUAUUGGCCUAGAGAUAGUAGGAACUGCAGAUGCUGGAGAAUCUGAGAUAACAAGGUGUAGAGCUGGAUGAACACAGCAGGCCAAGCAGCAUCAAAGGAUCAGGAAAGCUGAUGUUUCGGGCCUAGACCCUUCUUCAGAAAUGCUGAAGGGUCUAGGCCUGAAACAUCAGCCUUCCUGCUCCUCUGAUGCUCUACACCUUGUUAUCUCUUUAUUAGCCUAUUUGGGAGUAUUUUUAAAAUGGAUUUUGUGUAUUUUUAAAUCGAUGAAAAUAUACUCAUGCACAAAUAUUUCUGCAUAGUUUCAAAAAUGCUCAUCCUUCAGACCAGUUUUUAAUAGCUUUUCUAAGAAUUGAUAAAUUGUUCAUUUGCUCAGCAAUGUCAACCAGCACUUGCAUGGUGACCCUCAGAUUAAACCACCACCAGUUGCUCCCUCUGAUGAGAGAUAAGACCUGUGACCCAGCAAGAUUUGAAAUUAUUAUCCAAACCUGAGGCUAUAACUCUCACCAUUAUAAGCAUGUUCAUCAAUGUACUAUCACAAAGUAGUUUGUUGAUUAUGCAAAUGAUAUAAUGCUUGGCUGGACCAGAUUAAUUUCUUAUAAAAACAAUCUCAGCAGUCUGUAGUUGAGGUAUAUUAACUGCAAGAAAUCAUUGAUGCAUGUUCUCCUUAAUAGAAGGAGGUACCAAAUGAAGUGAAUGGCAUAGAGAGCAAUAGAUAUACAUACAAACGGUUUCCUUUGACAUCUCCCAUGACCUCAGUACAUCCCAAAACACUUUACAGAGAAUAAAGCACUUUCAAAGUGUCAAGAAAUGUGGCAGGUAAUUUGCAUGCAGCAAGUUCAUCAAGAGAACAAAACCUGAUCUUUGUAAAGUACCAAGGGAACUUUUUGCUGUCUAAAUGGGUCUUAGUUUAAUAUCUCAUGCCAAAAACAGCAGUUGAUAUUUUAGUAUAUUCAAAACUGAGCCACCUGCUGAGAGAUCAAAUCAGACUUAGUGGUCUGCCAGUGGAAUUUUCUUUCACACUGCACCAAAAUAACACUGUAAGUUAUGCCUCAAAGUUUUUGGUGUAACAUCUGAACCCUCAAUUUCUGCUGACCAAGUGAUGACACUAAUACAACCAUGAUACCUAGAAUUGUAUAUCAAAUUGAUGUUCAAAGCUCAGUUCCAACUUACGCAGAGUUGGCGGUUCUGAAUCAGUGAAAGAACAACAAAUACACUUGGCACAGAUGCAAAUCAGGGUGUUAAAAACUGGUCAGCAAUUCCAUUGCUCAAACUUGCUUAAUAUCUUUUGUUGAAAUUGUGUCUGGCCGGCAGAUGGAAACUCAACUGAACUCAGCUAUGAUUCUCUUGCAGUCAAAUAGCCUAUCAACAUUGAUGUUUGGUAUUACCAUUUGGCCUCUUUAAUAAAGAAUUUUAAAAAAGUAAAUAAAAAUUGCUGGAAAUCUUAAAUAAGAACAAAAUGCAGUAUUCAGUCCUGUCAGCAUUGACUAACAGAGAAGAAACACAGUUUUUGAUGUUGAUUUUGUCCUCUUUUCAUAAACAUUGAUUAACUUAGUCUUUCAGAACAAUUCUGUGUUGAGUCGUUGAUUUUUGGCAUAAUAUUCUCAAAACUCAUUAGGGUGCCCAGUUCUUGACUCAAGAUGGAGGUAACGCCUUCAGGAGUUAGAGUAAUUGGCAAUUAAAUUAACAAAAUGGUUUCAUUUGAUGGCUAAUUUGGAAAGUAUCUUUUAAAAACUGACUGAAUAUUUGAACCAUUUACAAUUAUCAGCAGAGAAAAGUUAAUCAGAUAAUUUAUUUUUAUAAUUUAUUAAGUUUAUAUCUAAUGACAUUAAGGACAAAUUACCUCCUAAAAAGCAACAAAAAUAACAUGAUGCAAAAUUAAUUGAACUUAAUCUGUUGUGCUUUAAAGAAUUUGUGUACAUGUUCUUGUAAAAUUGAGUGACUUUUAUCAGAAUGUAUAAUGCUUUGUUGCUUUACAAAAUUGCUUACCUGUGUUUCUAAUAUAUUGCAGUAACAAUGAAAGAUAACUUCAACAUAGAAUUCCAAGAGGCUGGAUGAACACAGCAGGCCAAGCAGCAUCUCUUCAACAUAGAAUUGUUUGUUUUUUUUUAAACCACUUCACCCCAUACAAUUAUUCCAUAUUUGCAAAAUCAUAGAAUCCCUACAGUUUGGAGGCAAGCCAUUCAACCCAUCAAGUCAACACUCACUCUCCAAAGAGCAUCCCACCUAGACCCAUCCCUACCCUAGCCUUGUAUUUCCUAUGGCUAAUCUACUAACCUGCAUAUCCCGAUACACUACAGGCAAUCUAUCACGGCCAAUCCACCUAGCCUGCUCAUCAUUGGACUGUAGGAGGAAACCAGAGUGCCUGGAGGAUAUCCACACACACAGGGAGAAUGUUAAAACUCCACAAAGGCAGUUGCCUGUAGUAUUGACUCUGUUGUAGAUUAAUGAUGAAAAUUGAAGAUGAAUGUUCUGUUCAACUACUGAUAAAAUGCUGUUGAUAUUAGGAUUCGAACAAGUGAACAAUCUUGUGGUAAAAAAUGUUUAGAUACAUGAGUUACAUUUUAGGAAAUGUAAUUCGCACAUUUUAUAUUUAAAAAUGCAUCAAAGAUUAUAUGAAUAAAAAGAAACUAGCUGGUUAAAAAAUAUCUUAAAUUACCCCUAACUUAGAUUCAACUGUGCGCAUUUUUGGUAAUGCCCAACUACAGUAUGUAUAUAAUUGGAAGUCUUAAUUCUUAGUGAUAUGCCUCAGUGAGCCAUUUCAUUAAAUAUUCCAAUCAUUCUUAAACUUUAUGCAAAAUGCAAAUCCCAAACAAUCCUGACUUUUAUUUUAAAUCUGUAUUUACUGUAACCAACAAGCUGUUUGACAAUGAGACCAUCCUUAAGAGGACUGGUUUUCAACCCAAAAAUUGUCCAGACUUUGCAAUAUUUUAUGAUUCUUCCAUAAGUAUUUUUUUCAGUUGAUUUGCAGUGACAACUUGGCUGUUGCAUCUUACUCACUGUGCUAGAGGAAUACAAAAGAUUGAGAUGCUCUGUUGGCAUCAGUGUUGGGACCACAACUAUUCAUGUUAUAAUGAUCUGGACAAAGGAAUUGAGGGCAUUUUUACCACAUUUGUAGAUAACACAGGGAGGUGGAGGGACAGAUACUGUUGAGGAAGCAGGGACGUUGCAGAAGGACUUGGACAAACUAGGAGAGAGGGCAAAGAAGUAUCAGAUGGAAUAAAAUGUGAGGUUAUGCAUAUCAAUAGCAAGAAUACAGGCACAGACUACUUAUAAAUAGGGAAAGGCUUUGGAAAUCUGAAGUGCAAGUGGACUUGGGAGCCAUAGAUUAGGUUCUAAAGGUCAACAUGCAAUUUCAAAUGAUAGUUAGGAAGGCAAAUGGCAUUCGUUUCAAGAUGGUUAGAAUACAAGAGGAGAGAUGUACUGCUGAGGCUGUAUAAGGAUCUUCUCAGGCCACAUUUGGAAUAUUGUGAUGAGUUUUGGUCCCCUAUCUAGGGAAGGAUAUUUUGAAGGCAAGAUAGGAAAUGAGAACCUAGGGUCCUUGACCAUGGAGGGGACCAUCGAGUACUGAAAGAGACCCUACAUCUAUCUGAAGCUUGAGUAGGAUAGCCUACUGUGCUAAAAGAAAACAAAAGAACUGUGGAUAUUGAAAAUCUGAAAUAAAAACUGAAAUUCAUGGAGAAACUCAGCAAGUCUUGCGGCAUCUGUGCAGGGAAACUGACUUUUUGUAGUUUUAUUAUGUCUUUCCUACCUAUCUUUGUGUUAUUAGCAAAUUUGGUGACUGUACCAUCCAUCCUUGAUCCGAUUUAUUUAUACAAACUGUGCAUCAAUCUCUGUGGUAUGCCACUCAUUACACCUGUUCAACUUGAAAAAGACCCUUUAUGCUUACUCUGUUUCCUGUUAUAAUCUUCAGACCAUGCCAAUGUGCUACUAUCUACGUCAUGAGUUUUUAUGUAAUAAACUUCGAUAUGGAAAUAUGGAAGUACGUUGUAUGAACUGGCCCCUCUAUCCACCGUACUUAUUACAUCUUCAAAGAAACUCAACAGAUUGGAUAAAGAUGAUUUCCCUUCCACCAAAUCAUGUUGACUGCCCAAUUUCCUUAACUAAUAUAA